GACAAAAUUGAUUUUUUCAAAAGUGCCACGAAUUUCAAGGCCAUAACGUUUUCAACAAUUUUUCAUAGACAAUGUCGUCGGCGGCAAACAUUGACCACAAAUUGGACGAAAAGUGUCUGUCAUCGGCACAGCUGUCAUCGCGUACUUCAUCGCUUGAUUCUUCGUAUAACAUAGACAUAGAGAUUGGCCGCCGAAACGGCGGCGUCGGCGGCCACGGCAUUGGUGGCAGCGAUCACCAGUUGACGGACAUUGUCGGCGACGGUGGCGGCGGCGGCGGUUUGGACACCGAUGUCGACGACUAUCACGAUCCGCACUAUCAGGACUCGAUUCAGCCGAGUCUUAACUUUUCCCGAUUGGCCUACAAUCUGACACAAUUUAACGAGACGUACGAUGUUAUACGCGGCGGCCGCAAACGUGGUCGCUCGGAUGCCGCGGGCAGCGGUGGCGGUGGCCGCGGUGGUGGCGGCCCUACCCGUAGUCGGAUGAUGGCUGCCGUACGUCCCCAGUGUACGCCCCAUCAUCUGAAACGUACGAUGCGAUCGCUGUUACCGAUUACCGAUUGGCUAUACAAUUAUAAUUGGAAAUCGGAUCUAGUGGCCGAUAUUGUUACCGGCGUAACGAUUGCCAUAUUUCAAGUACCGCAGAGUAUGGGCUACAGUUUGCUGGCACAGGUCAGUCCCAUCUACGGACUGUAUUCAUCAUUUUUUCCGGCACUCAUCUACUCGUUUAUGGGCUCAUCGCGUCACGCGUCAAUAGGAACGUUUGCUAUCGUAUCGCUGAUGACCGGAUCCAUUAUCAACGAAAUGAACGCCUCAAACGAUAAUCCAUUGGUGAUGACGGCGGCGGCGGCGGCCAUCAAUGAGACUAUCAUCGGCAGCACCGCCACCACCACCGCCGCUAGUAUUGGUGGUCAACGGCUAUACUCGAACAUCGAGAUGGCAUCGAUGAUAGCCCUACUGAUCGGCGCCUAUCAGCUCCUGUUCGGCAUAUUUCGUAUGGGUUUCAUAUCGGUCUAUAUGUCCGAACAGCUGAUCAGUUCAUUCAUAACCGCUUCAUCCUUCUACGUCCUGACCUCACAAAUCGGCUACAUGUCUGGCCUACAUUUGACCAGCCAUAGCGGUACCCUAUCGCUAUUCAAAACGUAUGCCGAUUUUUUCGGUCACAUCCAUCAGGCCAACACCAUAGCCCUGAGCGUAUCGUUCAUAUGUAUAGCUAUACUAUUGUUUUUCAAACUAUAUUUCAUUGAUAAACUAAAACAAUGGACCAAAAUGAACAUACCGUUUCCCAUUGAACUAACCAUUGUUGUCGGUUCAACCCUACUGAGCUCACUGUGUCAGCUAAACAUCGAUACUGUCGGACCCAUUGAUACAGGACUACCGUCACCCCUACAGCCCCGUUGGUCGCUAAUACCUAAACUAUGGCUCCGGUGUAUACCCUUGGCUAUUGUUGCCUACGCUAUAACCUAUUCAACUGGUAAAACAUUUGCCACUAAACAUAACUACGAAAUUAGCUCCAAUCAGGAACUCCUAGCGAUCGGUACGACCAAUGUUUUCUCAUCGUUUUUCUCAUGUCUGCCCACUGCUGCCUCACUGUCCCGAAGUGCCGUCCAGGAAACCGUAGGCGGCAAAACACAAAUGGCCAGCAUUGUCAACAGUGUCGGCAUACUGUUUGUAUUGUUAUAUUUUGGCCAAUAUCUUGAAAAACUACCCAAUUGUGUUUUGGCGUCAAUCAUAUGCGUAGCCCUUAAGACACUGUUUGCCCAGAUAUUUGAUGUCUGGCGCUAUUGUCGGGUCAACAAACUCGAUGGUUCCAUAUGGAUCGUAACGUUUGUAGCUGUGAUAGUACUGAAUGUGGACAUUGGUCUAUAUGUAGGUCUGGCCUAUUCGCUGGUGACCCUAAUCUAUAAGUCUCAAAGGCCAAAGACCUACUUAUUGGGAUCAAUUGAUAAGUCCGAUGUUUACGUACCGCUCAAAAAGUAUGGAUCGGCUCACGAGUUGACCGGCAUUAAGAUCUACCAGUUUUGCGGACCCCUGCACUUUGCCAAUGUUGAGUACUUUAAACGGGGACUACAGUACAGGACAAAGAUAUACGUCAAUCAUGUUAUCGAACGGCGCCGUAAACUACAAAAGGCACACAACCGACGGCUGAAGGACGAGGAACAGGAGGCGGCAGAAACUGAGACUACAUCGAAAUCGGCGGCAAUGAUUUGCGGCGGAAAAUUUCAACGUAUGCGUACAUUUUCAAGGGACACACCUACUACACAACUGUCCCUCGAUAUAGUGGCCACUGCUGACGAUCUACCAACUCAUCUUAUCAUUGAUUGUUCAAUGUUUUCCUAUAUCGAUACGACUGGUGUUACCACAUUGAAAACAACUGUCCAGGAAUACGAAUCGAUUGGUGUGAAAACAUUUCUGGCUAACUGUGCCGCACAUGUAGUGAAAAUGUUGGAAAAGGAUGGCUUCUACGAUGAAGUUAAACCAUAUCAUGUCUAUAUAACAAUACACGAUGCCGUACAUCAUGCCCUGGAGGAACAAAAAGGUACAUUUGAUCCGUUAGUGGUGAUGACACCCAACAACACCAUAACCACCAACAACAACAACAACACCAUUACUACCGGUGCCGCUGCCGUCACCGUAAUUGCCGACAAGUUUAAUGUAGUAACCUUUGCUCACACGGUAGGUGUUGGUGGUGGUGGUGGUCAGCAAUUGUCGGGUACGGGUGAUAGUGAUGAUCGUAUGAUAAAACAGCAGAUGCCGACCGAUGAUGAUAAUGAUGAUGAUGAGGAAGUGGCGGUAAUGAUACCCAUUAACAACUACCAGUCCCUGGAUAUAGGAUUUCCAUUGAAUAAUAAUAAUCCAAAUUAAUUGUGCGAUUAUUACUCUGUAUUAUUGAUUGUUACGAUAUUUUACGUAUAUUUUUUUGUGCACAAAAAAUCUAAUAAUAAUAAUAAUAAUAA